AAAUUUCCCUUCUACUAUCAUUAAAAUAUUAAGAAUGAGAAAUAAGUUUGAUGUUACAAGGUUAAUAAUCAUUGGUUUAAUGUACGAAGAUAAGGUACACGAAACUAACUCGCGACAGUGCUCGACAGUACUCGAUAGUUAGCAAAAUGGCGCUCCCAUGGAUGGUGAUUUCAUUCGCGUUUUCUUUGCUAUUGACACCGUUCCUUAUGUUUUUACUUGCUAUUAUAUUUCUGGCAUCCAUCGGCAAAUCACUUGGUGUUCGCAGAUUAUACGUAAAACUAUUAUUAGCACUUUUUGAGUAUGGUAGGCAGAAUAUAGAAAAAGAAAGAAAUAAAAAUAAUACCUUGGAAGAAGAGGAGGAGCAUGAAUCUAUUACAAGAAAUACACAGCAAAAAUUAAACAAGCAUUCCAUGGACAAGGAAUUUCAAAUACAAAAUGGAAUUAUGAGUAAUAAUCAAGUCAUAGCUAGAUCAACAGAUUUGAUUCUAUUACCUGAGCCAGAGAUGCAAAAUAAUAAAAACCAUGUAGGUGAACAUACAACUGAAAAAAUUGAGGAAAUUUCAAAGGAUGUAGAUAGCAGUAAGGAGAAUACUCUUAUACGACGCAAUUCUUUUGAAGCCCUCAAAAAAGGAUUUGAACCAGCUAUUUGCUUAGAUUACAUUAGAGCUGGAGUAGAGGCCAUUAUUGAAGAUGAAGUAACUUCACGUUUUGAAGCAGAAGAACUAAAGAAUUGGAAUCUUCUCACACGGACAAAUAGGCAUUAUGAAUUUAUAUCUUGGAAAUUAACAGUAAUAUGGAUGUUUGGAUUUUUUAUGCGAUAUUGUUUUCUUCUACCUUUGAGAAUAUUCAUCUGUUGCAUAGGAUUGACUACUAGAGAUUCCAUUUGUAGUAUCUACACAGCAACUAUUCAGAGGGAUUCGUCGUUUCUCAGGUGCAAAGCUUGUGGUUUACAGGUGAUGUGGCUGACAAUGUGCACAGCAGUAGUGGGCUACAUUCCAGAGGGUAGCUUCAAACGAUGGCUCAACUACAAAGUCUCCAUAAUGUGCUUUGCUGUAUUAUCCAGUGCUUUGUCUUCAGUCAUUACUUACCACCAUCCAGAAAAUCGACCAGUCAGAGGCAUUUGUGUAGCUAAUCACACAUCUCCUAUUGAUGUACUCGUACUUAUGUGUGAUAAUUGUUAUUCUUUGAUAGGUCAGAGGCAUGGUGGAUUCUUGGGGAUUUUACAAAGAGCACUUGCUCGUGCUUCUCCACAUAUAUGGUUUGAACGUUCUGAAGUUAAAGAUAGAGAAGCAGUUGCAAGAAGAUUAAAAGAACACGUAUCAGAUCCUACUAAUCCACCAAUACUGAUUUUUCCUGAAGGAACUUGUAUUAACAAUACGUCUGUUAUGCAAUUUAAAAAGGGUAGUUUUGAAGUAGGUGGUGUCAUUUACCCUGUUGCAAUCAAGUACGAUCCACGAUUUGGUGACGCAUUUUGGAAUAGCAGUCGUUACUCAAUGUUACAGUACUUGUAUAUGAUGAUGUCUAGUUGGGCUAUAGUUUGCGAGGUUUGGUAUUUACCUCCAAUGUACAGAAACGAAGGAGAGAGUGCCAUUGAUUUUGCAAAUAGAGUAAAAUCAGUUAUAGCAAGACAGGGCGGACUUGUCGAUUUACAAUGGGAUGGCCAACUUAAAAGAAUGAAACCAAAGAAAGAAUGGAGGGAGAAACAACAAGAAGAAUUCAGUAAACGCCUUAAAGUUGAAUAAACAUGCAUUCCUUCUAGUCACAUCAUUUUUUGAAUAGCACGUGAUACUUCAUUGAACCAGAUAUUUUUUGUCUGCAUUGUUGUUUCACCUACUUGUGUCAUCUUUAUAAAUAUUUAUAACAUUGUGCGCGUAAUUAACGUUGUAAUCGAACUUAUUUGUAUCUUCAAAUAUGGAACAUUGCACUUUGAUUUACUGUAUUAGAUAUGAUAUGUAUAUUAUCAUCUCAGCAUUUUGUUAUCAGAGUAUCAGCAUCUCCAGAAUUUCUUGAUACAUAAUCUUUAAUUACAUCUUUUAUAAAUAUAAGUUUGAAAGUAGCUGAUAAUCUUUAUAAUUAAAUGUUCAACAUUUUUAUUUUUUCACUGAGUGUAAAACAUCUAUUAAUAUAUAAUAUUUAUUUCCAAUAUAUAUUUUUUGAAGACCGUAAUAAUUACAUUUUUCUAUGCAAAUAUAUUUUUUAUGAUAAAUAAAGCGUAAAAAUAUUUUCUUAUAAAGGAAGUAUUUUAUAUGUUCAGUAAGUAACCUUAUAAAAAUAAAUAAUUUAAAAGUGCAAGAACCAUAUUUGUAAGUUUUAGGCAUUGAAAUUUUAUUUAUAUGUUAUGAAAAGUGUAGUAUUGUUUUGCUUGUGUGAGUGUAUGUUUCAAUUUACACAAAACUACUACUAUAUAUAUAUGUAUAUGUGCAGACGUACAUACAUACAUACAUAUAUAUAUUUUAAUAAUAGUAAUUAUUCUGUUGUUUUGAUAUAAUUUGAAUUAAAAAAAAAUUCAACAAAUAAUUUAAUUAUAUAUAAAAUAUUGAUACAAAACAUCAAAUUUUAAUAAUUUAAUAUUGUGUGGAAAUAAUAGAGAAAAAUAUUUCUUUAUUCUCUGUUGUUUUCUUAAAAAUGAAUAAAGAAUAUUGUUUUUAUUA